AAAAGAAAUAGUUACCUCUCUUUUCUCCAAAUCCCAUAUUCUCUCUUCUCUUUCUCUCUAGAAACAAAUAAAACAAAUCUCUAAAGAAAGCAGUGUCAACUUUUGAAGCUAAAAAUGGGAGAUCCAAUUCACCUCGAGAAAAUGGGAACAGAGCUUAAAUGUCCCAUCUGCUUGAGUCUACUUAAUUCUGCUGUUUCCCUUACCUGCAACCAUAUAUUCUGCAAUUCUUGUAUUGUGAAGUCGAUGAAAUCAGGUUCCAACUGUCCCGUUUGUAAAGUGCCAUAUCAGCGUAGAGAGGUUCGAGCUGCUCCACACAUGGAUAAUUUAGUGAAUAUUUACAAAAGUAUGGAAGCUGCUUCAGGAUUUCAGAUAUUUGUCACUCAAGAUCCUCCAUCAACUAAAUUAUUAGACGUAGAGAAACAAGCAGAAGGUAAUACAAAUUGUCGCAGAGAAGAUAUCCAGAGGAUUUGUCAGGACACAGUAGAAAAUCAAAGAAUGGGCAAAAGAAAAGGGUCAAGAAAAAAAUUUAAAUCCAAUCUGGAGUUUUCUGAUCCUAUUGCUGCAAAACCUUCCUUCCCAACCAAGAAAAGAGUUCAAGUGCCACAAUCUCUUCCUUCGAAAACCCCAACACGAAAUGAGAAGUUAGAAAUUAAAUCAGAUGAAAACAUCAGGGAUGGAUUCAAGAACAGUUCACUGGCCCAAAAUGAGAAUCCUGUUCCCAGUGAAAAAGGUGAACCUGUGUUUUCCCCUUUCUUCUGGUUGAGAGAUGAGGAAGAUAUAGAGAAGCUAAGUCAGCAUACUGUCGGCAGUCAAUUUUUGGAUAUAACACCCCCUCAUGUUCCUGCUUUUAGCGACAUCAAGGAUUCAGAUGACGAGUACCCCUCUAAAUUAUCCCCAGAAGAGGAAGUGUGUGGAAAGUCAAACGAUGCAGAUUUUUUUGAUAGUGAAAUGUUUGAAUGGACGCAGCGAGCUUGUUCCCCUGAACUUUAUUCUACUCCUUUUAGUUCUUCUAAGAUGCAGGACGAGAAUGCUGGUGAAAUUUAUGGAAUUCAAGAAAGAAGACAAGAAGCAUCCUUAUUGAAUUCAAAUGCAAAUGAACACAGUAUUGGAAACAAAAAAUGCUUAAACUCAGAACAUAAAAUGACUGUUGCAGAUGAGGACUCAUCGAUACCAUCCACUCUGGGACCCAAAAGUACAAAUACUCAAAUUGUGAAUGAUAAAUCCAACAGGAGAGGUAGGACUGCUAGGAAAGCAAUGCUAAAGAAGUGUGCUAAGAAAGAUGUAGAACAAGAGCUUAAGGCUUGUUUUAAUUUGAAAAGAAAAACUAAAGAAACUAUGCAGAAGGAAGCGCAUGAGAAUAAGGGCGACUCUUUAGACUUCAACAAAAAUAGGAAGAGCAGAAAGAAGACUGUUUCUGGUACCUCUUCAACUGAGUUAAAACAUGAAAGCGUUCUUCCUGUUUCUCUUAGAGGAGAAUCACUGAAUCUCAGUGACAAAAGAUUGGAUGCUGAUUUGCCGUCUUCAGUAGGUGAAAAUCAAUGUGAUAAAGAUUUUAAAAGGAACAUUACAAAAAUCUGUGGGAAGAUUUCCACCUUGUGCCGGAGGGCUCACUCUUUGAGGUCGAAGAAACGGAAACUGGAAUCUAUUAUCAAUGAUAUUGAAGAAAAUGACGCAGUUCAGAACCCAGAGGAUGAAGAAGAAAGCCCUUCUAAGAUUGAUGGUAAGAACGUCUCAGAAGUUAAGAGAAAAUGCCAGCUACAUAGCUCUGCAUUGAGUUCAGAAAACAAUAGAAAAUUAAGACAGAAGAAGAACAUGAAAGUUUUCUUUCAUGGUAUCUCAGAAGAUGGAAUACUUACUGACCAUCAGGAGGGUCAGAGUAAUACCUCAACAAAGGAAACCCAAUCUAUUGAAAUGGUUACUGAUGUCUUUACAAGACAAACUCAGUUCAUUGAAAAGGCUCAAAUAAUUCCUGGUUCAAGAAUACAAAAUAAUCCAGUAAUGCUAGGGAAACUUGAUCGAGCAAAUGGAGCGGCUCUGCAAAGUUGCCAGGCACUUUCUCGUAAAACUCGAUGUUCUUUCUGUCUUUCUUCAGAAGAAUCGGAGGCCUCAGGAGAGAUGGUCCACUACUACAAUGGCAGGCCUGUAGCUGCCAGUUAUGGAGGGGGAUACAAGGUCAUACACUCUCAUAGAAAUUGUGCUGAGUGGGCACCUAAUGUUUAUUUUGAGGAUGAUACUGCAAUUAAUCUUGAAGCUGAGUUAACUAGAAGCAGGAGAAUAAAGUGCUGCUGCUGUGGACUCAAAGGUGCUGCUCUUGGAUGUUAUGAGAAGAGCUGUCGCAAGAGUUUCCAUGUCACAUGUGCAAAGAUGAUCCCUCAAUGUCGAUGGGAUACUGACAACUUUGUCAUGUUGUGUCCUCUUCAUGCUUCUUCUAAGUUGCCUAAUGAAGACUCAUUAACUCAAGAGAGAAUAAGAAAGAAAUGCAUUCCAAAAAGACAGCAAUCCAAUCAGUGCAAUCAAGUUGAUUUAAAAGAUGUCAGCACAUGUCCCAGUUGGAAUUCAAGUUUGACACCAGACAACUUGAUUCUUUGUUGUUCUGGUCUCACAGUUGAGGAAAGGGAAAUUGUUUCCGAAUUUCAGAGAUUAUCUGGAGUGACUGUAUUUAAAAAUUGGGAUUUGAGCGUCACCCAUGUCAUUGCAUCAACAGAUGUAAAUGGAGCAUGCAAAAGAACCCUCAAAAUUUUGAUGGGUAUUUUGGAGGGAAAGUGGAUACUAAAUAUAGAGUGGGUUAAGGCUUGCAUGAAUGCGAUGAAACCUGUUCAGGAGGAUCCAUUCGAAGUACUGGUUGAUAUUCAUGGAAUCAGGGAUGGUCCACGACUUGGAAGGAUUAGGAUCUUGAAAAAGCAACCAAAAAUUUUCGAGGGGCUUCAAUUCUAUUUCAUGGGAGAUUUUGUAGCUUCUUACAAGGGAUAUAUUCAAGAUCUUAUAUUUGCUGGUGGAGGAACUAUUCUGCAUAGGAAACCCCUUCCUGGAGCUGAAGGGGCCUCGUCACCUUCAACCUUCAUAAUUUACAGCACUGAGCUACCUGAUAAAUGUGAUAUCAAGAAAAAGGAUAUGAUUUUGAACCGGAGAAAGGCUGAUGCUGAAGCUCUGGCGAGUGGAACUGAAGCCAAGGCAGUAAGUAAUUCUUGGGUUUUGAACUCCAUUGCAGCUUGCAGAUUACAGGAUUUCAGUCAAUAAUGCUGAUUUAUAUAUAGAUUGAAGAAUCCCUGUACAUGUCUAAACAAGUAUCUAGAGCUAGGAGGUUCUUAGUUUUGUAAACAUGCAUAUACUUCGCAAACAGAAUAAGAAGAAAAAAGAAAAAGACUUUUGGAGA